CAGGUCCUCGAUCGUAUCCUGCUGAGGAGGACGAAGCUAGGUCGGGCAGAAGACAUCGUCCUGCCCCCCAAGGUGAUCAUCUUGCGCAAGGACUUCUUCGACCCCUUCGAGUCGGACUUCUACCAGAGCCUCUACACUCAGAGUCAGACUCAGUUCAACGCCUAUGUCCAACAAGGCACCAUCCUCAACAACUACGCGCACAUCUUCGACUUGCUCAUCCGCCUCCGUCAGGCCGUCAACCAUCCUUACCUUGUCCAGUACUCCGAGAAGAACUACCUCGCAUCACAGGCGGCUGCAGCAGCAGGAGCAGCAGCAGGAGCUGACAGCCAGGACUCGGAGCAGUGCGGAUUGUGCAAGGACGAGGCCGAGGACAAAGUCGUGUCAGCCUGCAAACACUGCUUCUGCCGCUCCUGCAUAGAAGAGUACGUCGCCUCUGCUCCAUGCUCCCCAGUCACCUGCCCUACCUGCGAGCAAGUCCUCUCCGUCGACCUCUCCCCGAAGGAAGCUCCUCCUACCCCCACUGCUCCUCCUCCUGCCCCCAGCAGGUCUGGCAAGGCCCCGAGGAUAAUGCAGAGGUUCUCAAGGUUGGACGAUUUCAAGAGCAGCACCAAGAUUGAGGCUCUGAUGGAGGAGCUCGAGCUUCUGGUUGAGAACGACUCCUCCGCUAAGGCAAUCGUCUUCUCUCAGUUCGUCUCCAUGCUCGACCUCAUCGCUUACCGCCUCGAGCUGCUGCCUCCUCCUCACUCUUCUCAGCUCGCUGGCAUCCGCGUCGUCAAGCUCGACGGUCGCAUGACCUUCGACGCUCGGGAUCGUCACAUCGCUUCCUUCUGCGAGGACGCGGAUACCCGUGUCUUUCUUAUCUCCCUCAAGGCUGGGGGUGUGGCGCUGAACCUGACGGUGGCGAGUGCUGUGUACAUCAUGGACCCUUGGUGGAACCCGGCGGUCGAGUUCCAGGCCAUGGACCGGAUCCACAGGCUCGGGCAGUACAAGCCGAUCAAAGUUGUGAGAUUCGUGAUCGAGGACACAAUCGAGGAUCGCAUCCUGAGGCUGCAGGAGAAGAAGCGACUGGUCUUCGAGAGCACCGUAGGCAGAAGUUCGGAAGCGCUAGCAAAGCUCACAGAGGCAGAUAUGAAAUUUCUCUUCUCCUAA